GAUAGAGAAAAGAGAGAGAGCGCAUAGAGAGACUGUUAAAAGAACCAAAGCAAAAGAAAGGAAUCAGAGAGAAAGAGAUCUAACUGAGUUCGUGACCGAGUAAGGGUCACGUCAAGUUACUGAGUUAACACUGUUUGGCAGAGUCGAUCGUAACCUAUAGAUCGCAUCAAUAUCAAUCGUCCGGUUCUUCUUAUCUCUCUCUCUCGCUUGCUCGCAGUUUUUAUUUGAAAGAAUUUGAAGCGAAAAGCUCUCUCUCUCUCUCUCUCUCUCUCCUCGCGUGCUCGCUGUUUGUAUUUGAAAGAUUUUGAAGCGGAAAACUCAAAGAAGAGAUCGGGUCGUGUUUGGCGGUUCUUCUUCUGUUGUGAUUUCGAGAUUUUCAGAUUUGAGCUUUUUGAAAGAUUGAUGACAGUAUAAUGGAGUUUUACUGAAGUGGGCUUUGGUGUUUUGGAAGCUAUGAAAAUGGAAGACAUUUGGGCAAGAAAAUGAGCCAGGAUUAUCUUUUGUAUUCUAAAUUUUGAUAAUUUUGUUGAUCUCUUUCAAUUGGGUUAUUUUGGUUCUCCUUGAAAGAGCUACAAGUUUAUUGUUGGAGAAGAAGAAGAAGAAGAAGAAGAAGGUUGAACCGUGCAAAACCCUAAUUGUGCAGGGUGAAAUGAAACCCUAGAAUUUUUGGAAGAGAAAUAGAGAUUGAAAUGGAACAAACUUUAUAGCUUAGAGAUUGAAAGAGAAAUAGAACAGGAGAGAAAACCUAUGGAAGAUUUGUCCAAGUUUGCUCAUAGUCCUGCCCAUUUGGCAGUUGCACGCCGAGAUUAUGCUACCCUUAGGCAAGUUAUCUCAGCCCUCCCACGUCUUGCCAAGGCUGGUGAAGUCAAUACUGAAGAAGAGUCUCUUGUUGCUGAGCAACAGGCGGAUUCUGUCUCUGCUGUCAUUGACCGCCGGGAUGUUCCUGGCAGAGAAACUCCUUUGCACCUUGCUGUCAGGCUGCGGGAUCCAAUCUCCGCUGAGAUUUUAAUGGCAGCCGGUGCUGAUUGGAGUCUGCAGAAUGAGAAUGGCUGGAGUGCACUUCAAGAAGCAGUUUGCACGAGAGAGGAGACAAUCGCCAUGAUAAUUGCUCGGCAUUACCAGCCUCUUGCUUGGGCAAAAUGGUGUCGAAGGCUCCCGCGGAUUGUUGCUUCAGCAGCUCGUAUUCAUGAUUUUUAUAUGGAGAUAACUUUUCAUUUUGAGAGUUCUGUCAUCCCAUUUAUUGGUCGUAUUGCCCCGUCAGAUACUUACCGCAUUUGGAAGCGUGGUUCUAACCUCCGUGCUGAUAUGACUCUUGCUGGCUUUGAUGGUUUUCGCAUUCAGAGGUCAGAUCAAACAUUUCUAUUUCUCGGGGAGGGAUACUCUUCAGAGGAUGGCAAUAUAUCUUUGGCACCAGGUUCUUUGGUUGUUCUUGCCCAUAAGGAAAAGGAGGUUACAAAUGCUUUGGAGGGGGCUGGUGCCCAACCAACUGAAGCAGAAGUUGCCCAUGAAGUGGCUUUGAUGUCUCAAACUAAUAUGUACAGGCCAGGCAUUGACGUCACUCAAGCAGAGCUUAUUCCACAUUUGAAUUGGAGGCGGCAAGAGAGGACAGAAAUGGUUGGAAAUUGGAAGGCCAAAGUUUAUGACAUGCUUCAUGUUAUGGUCAGUGUGAAGUCAAGACGGGUUCCUGGUGCUAUGACUGAUGAGGAGCUUUUUGCGGUGGAUGAUGAAGAGAGAUUAGGAAAUGCUGCUGAAAAUGAUGAGUUUGAUGACGUGUUGACUGCUGAGGAGAGGAAACAGUUAGAUUCUGCACUUCGUACGGGGAACUCAGAUGUUGUUGGUGAUGAUGAGGAACCUAGUGUUGAGUACCAAGAAAAUGGCUCUGGAGGAAUCUUUGAAAAUGGCGACUCUAAUGGUUCCAUUAAGGAGAAGAAGAGUUGGUUUGGUUGGAAGAACAAAGGUUCAAAGAAUACUAGUGAUGAUCCUGAAGAUUCAAAGAUCUUGAAAAAAUUUUCAAAAUUAGCACCAGAAGGUGGCACCCAGAAACCUGUUGAUCAUCAAAAAUCAUCUGAAUCUGCUAGGGAGGAUAUGGCUGAUGCCAAGAAAGGAAAAGAUAAAAGCAGCAAGAAGAAGAAGAAGAAAGGGCCCAGUAGCGAAUCUAAGCAUGAGAGUGAGUACAAGAAGGGUUUGAGACCUGUCUUGUGGCUCACACCAGAUUUUCCUUUGAAAACUGAGGAGCUCCUGCCUUUACUUGACAUAUUAGCCAACAAAGUCAAGGCUAUUAGGAGACUCAGAGAGCUUUUGACAACAAAACUUCCCCUGGGAACAUUUCCUGUCAAGGUUGCCAUCCCUAUUGUCCCAACUAUUCGGGUGCUUGUUACUUUUACAAAAUUUGAGGAGCUACAGCCAUCAGAAGAAUUCUCAACACCUCUCUCCAGCCCAGCUCAUUUCCAGGAGGCGAAGUCCAAGGAAUCUGAAGGGGCUUCAUCGUGGAUUUCAUGGAUGAGGGGGAGUCGAGGUGGGCAAUCAAGUGAUAGUGAUAGUCACCGGUACAAAGAUGAGAUUGAUCCUUUCCUCAUACCAGCAGACUAUACUUGGGUUGAUGCCAAUGAGAAGAAACGCCGCAUGAAAGCCAAGAAAGCCAAGAACAAGAAACACAGGAAACAAGCUGCAGCCAGAGGUGAGGAAGGGCGGGCACAACAUUUGAGUGAAGACGUGGAAGAAUAAAUGGACUAAAUAGUCCCAAGGUUCUUUGCCACUUGAAAAUCAUUUUGCAUGGGCAAGGCUCUGCUUCGCACAGUGACCAAUCGUCGUUUGAAUGAAGCAGUGGAUGAAUCCCAGGAUAUUUGUUAGGUGAUUACUUCAUUAGGAAGACUGUUGUAUUUUUAUGUGAUGUGAAAUUGGAGCGGAACAAGAUCUCCUUCGCCUUUAAUAUAUAAUAGCUCACUCUCAUUCCCCUUCCCCGCUCCCCUCUUUAUUUUUUCAGACAUCAAUCUUUGUAUCUAUCUAAGCCUCAGCUUAUCAAGUUUACCUUUUUUGUGAUUGUCA